UCGUUUGACAACACGUACACUAAUCGUUAGUUUGUGUUUUUGUCAGUUCUAAGUUCAAAGUGGCGAGGUACGGGCUCCGUAAAGUGCAUACGAGCGAGGGGGAAAGCGGAGAAGGAUUUGAAAUAAAGAGAGAGAACCGAACAAGAAGGUUUCCGGCUUGCUGCGGGCGGUUCGGUGACAGCCUCGCUCCCGCCUCCCUCCCACGGGCACUGAGACUUCUUCACGCCGCCAGAGAAGCACCAGGAUGGAGGGAGACACUCCAGUGCCGGACGAUCUUACUCCGGAGGAGCAGCAGGAGCUGGAGAACAUCCGCCGGCGCAAGCUGGAGCUGCUGGAGGACAUUCAGCGGCUAAAGGAUGAGAUAGCAGAGGUCACCAACGAGAUUGAGAACCUGGGUUCCACCGAGGAGAGGAAAAUCAUGCAGAGGAACAAACAGGUGGCCAUGGGCCGUAAGAAAUUCAACAUGGACCCUAAAAAGGGAAUUCAGUUCCUCAUUGAGAACGACCUCCUGAAGAACACGAGCGAUGACAUCGCUCAGUUCCUCUGCAAGGGGGAAGGUUUGAACAAAACUGCCAUUGGGGAUUACCUCGGGGAAAGAGAUGAUUUCAACAUCCAGGUCCUUCACGCUUUUGUUGAACUUCAUGAAUUCACAGACCUCAACCUGGUUCAGGCCCUGCGACAGUUCCUGUGGAGCUUUCGGUUACCGGGAGAAGCCCAGAAGAUCGACCGCAUGAUGGAGGCCUUCGCUCAGCGCUACUGCCAAUGCAACCCAGGCGUUUUCCAAUCCACAGACACCUGCUACAUCCUGUCCUUCGCCAUCAUCAUGCUCAACACUAGCCUCCACAACCCCAACGUGAAGGACAAGCCCACCGUCGAGCGCUUCAUCUCCAUGAACCGGGGCAUCAACGAAGGCGGAGACCUACCCGAAGACCUGCUCAGGAAUCUCUACGAGAGCAUCAAGAAUGAGCCUUUUAAAAUCCCAGAGGACGACGGCAACGACCUCACACACACCUUCUUCAACCCGGACCGAGAAGGCUGGCUGCUUAAACUGGGAGGAGGCCGAGUUAAGACCUGGAAGCGACGAUGGUUCAUCUUAACCGACAACUGCCUCUACUACUUUGAAUACACGACGGACAAAGAGCCACGAGGGAUCAUCCCAUUGGAGAACCUCAGCAUCAGGGAAGUGGAGGACAAGAAGCCUAACUGCUUUGAGCUUUUCAUUCCCGACAACAAGGACCAAGUGAUCAAGGCGUGCAAGACGGAGGCCGACGGUCGCGUGGUGGAGGGCAACCAUACCUUCUACCGCAUCUCCGCCCCCACCACCGAGGAGAAGGACGAAUGGAUGAACAGCAUCAAGGCCGCCAUCAGCAGGGACCCCUUUUACGAGAUGUUGGCCGCCAGAAAGAAGAAGGUGUCGUCCAUGAAGAGACACUGAGGAGCCCCGCCCCACGCUCACCAUGUUGCACUUGACGGAGCAGAUGGGGGUUCUCCUUGCUUUUUUUGGACUCAGCCGGUCAGGAAAGCAGGAAGUGCGCCGGAUGCUCAGGAUGGAGUCAAGCCAAGUCGCCCAUCGCUUCCUGAAAAACAAAACACUCUGUAAAGCAGCCCCCCCCCCAACACGCACUCCACCCGGCACAUCGAACUCAGCAGGUCUGAACGCGCGGCAACAAAAUAGUCCUCAUAAGAAAAGAACUUUUCCAAAAGGCUUUAAACAUGUUUGGAUAUGACUUUUUACAGCUUUACUCCCUUUUUUUGCUUUUGUAUGCAAAUGUUGGGAAAUGCCAACAAUUGGGUGACUUUAUAGAUACGUUUCCUCCCAUAUUUGGUAUUGUCAAGAGAAAUGCUGCUGGUUAGCGAUAGCAAAUCAGUCUGAAGAGUAAUAACUAGACAAUAGUACACGUUUAUGCACAAGUUCCAUACAGAAGCUUUAGAAGACCACCGGUAGAAGUUCAACUGUGGCUCGUCUCAGGUUAUCAAACCAAAACAGGUUUUUUUUUGCGAUUAGGAGUACCUGAUGUUUCUUACGCUUCCGCUAUUUUCAGUGCACUAACAUGUAGAGAAUUGAAAGAAAACAAUCAUAUUGCUAGUCAGUAUUGGUUUAUUUAUCAACCUUGUUGUACAUACUUAAAUGUAUAGUAUUUGUUUUUCAAGAUUUGUUUCACUAUUAGUCGUGCCAUCUUUUAUUUUUUAAACCUUGUUAAGAAAAAUUCUCUUGUCAUUUAAUCGAGUUAAAAUAAAGUAAAAUAAAAAAUC